AGUCCACCACAGAAAAGCCUGCAGUCCAAGACAACGAUGCAGACUCGCCUUCUUCUAGCUCAGACAGCACUCUAAUACACCUAGAACGCGAUACCAUGGGCGAAUCCUGGAGGAACGCGCUCUCAUCCGAGUUUAACAAGCCCUACUUCCGCAAACUCAAGGAAUUUCUCAUCAGCGAGCAUAAAACCAAUACCAUUUAUCCGGAAGCGUCAAACAUAUAUUCCUGGUCGCGUUUCACUCCCUUGGAAGGCGUAAAGAUAGUUGUCCUUGGACAGGACCCAUACCACAACGUUGGACAAGCGCAUGGACUCUCUUUCUCCGUCCUCCCGCCAACGAAACUCCCCGGCUCCCUCAAGAACAUCUACAAGCAAAUCCAGAACGACGUUCCAUCCUUCGUUCCUCCGAAGAAAACAGGUGACCUCACCCCGCUCGCCAAAGCCGGCGUCCUCUGGCUCAACACCUGCCUCACCGUGCGCGCGCACACCGCCAACUCGCACGCCAAGAAAGGCUGGGAGACGUUCACCGACGCCGUCAUCCGCGCCAUCCUCGCGCGCGAGUCCGUCGCCGACCUCACGCAGCUCAACGCGCUCCCCCGCGCGGACGGCGACGAUGCGGACGCGGACGCGACCCGGUUGACCCAGUCGACGCCCCAGCAACAGCAGAUCAAGCUCAAGGCGGACAGAGCCUCGCGCGGCGUCGUGUUCUUCGCGUGGGGCAUGCCCGCGCAAAAGACUUUCGACCGUAUAGGCGUCGACGAGACGCAGCACCUGGUUCUAAGGUCCGCCCACCCUUCCCCGCUCUCAGCCCACCGUGGUUUCUUCGGCAACGGGCAUUUCAAACAAGCGAACGACUGGCUCCGCGAGCGUUACGGCGAAGGCGCAGAGAUCGAUUGGAGUGUCCUCCACGAUUCCUAAAUCAAUAAACCCACCCUCUAGUGAAGUUCACUAUCACUCUCCACACAUCGAUAUCAGCUCCUUACACUGCUCAGUAAUUUCACGCAACGACCUAUAGAUGAACGACGCUAAUUUUCCUGUAUAUUAUUUGAUUACUCAAAACCCGAACUCUAUAAAAGCAUGUCCAAUAUCAGUUUUGUCCUACGUGUAUGUAUGGGGUAUAUCAAAUCAGC